AUGUCGGACGCUAAGGAACUCCAGGUCGAGCUGAAGCAGGACGUCGCCGAGGCUAUCCAGAAGGCCACGCGCGAGAAGGCCGUCCGCAUCGAGCGCUUCGUCGCGGAGCAGAACAAGAAGCUCCUCGACGAGAUCCGCCCCAAGCUCAAGGACGUCAAGGGCUUCUGGACCGUUGCGCUGCUCAACCACCCGCUGCUGAAUGCGCGCGUCUCGGCCGUCUCGGACCGCGAUGCGCUGCAGCAUCUCCGCGACAUCGAGCUCGUCCAGGACCCGAAGGACCCGCGCGAGUACGAGCUUGUUUUCCACUUCGACGAGAACCCGUACUUCACCAACAAGACGCUGUCGAAGAAGUACUCUCUUCCCUCCGGCGUCGAGUCGGGUCCUACGGACGGCACGAUCUCCGAGGCGCAGCUCGAGUUUGACGACGACGACCUGGUCGCGGGCGUGACGACCAUCGACUGGAAGCCCGAGCACGACCUGAUCGCGAAGCACCCGCGCGGCGAGCCGACCGAGGACGCCGAGGACUUUGAGGGCGACCCGGGCUCCUUCUUCCACUACUUCACGCUCGAGGGCGACGCGGACCAGAUCGGCACCGUCGUCCAGGACAUCCUCCAGGACCCGCUCGAGGCGUUUGAGGGCGGCGACAUGGGCGAGUUUGACUUUGACGAGGACGAGGACGACGAGGAUGACGAGGAGGGAAGCAUCGACCUCGAGGAGGAGGAGGAGCCCAAGAAGAAGAAGCAGCGCAAGGACUAA